GCCAGAGUUGAUGACCAUUAGUCUUUGGGUCAUCUUUGGGAACUAAACUUGAGAGUCAAUUUCUCCAGAAAUAUGAAAACAAUUAUUAUCAUAUUAGCUUUGGCAGUGGUAGCCGUAACCGCAUUUAAGCGGAAGUACGAGGACAGAUUUAUGGAUUACGGGGUCUAUUUUAUUCAAAAUCGGGAAUACGCAGGGGUUCUCACGUUUGUCAAUGAGACUGACGCUAACGGUUUUCCGAUUUGGAAGGCUCCGAUUAUAUAUGAAUUUAACUCAAAUAGCUCUGCCCAGCGUUGGCGUUUAGACGAGGCGGCAUUGUACACUGCAUUUGAAAUCCGUCCAACCAAGAACGAGAAUUACGUUUUGGAGUAUGUCCCAGAGACGGGAAUUAUAAGCUGGCUGACCCAUUGGGGCAACACCAAAUUGUGGUACUUACUCGAUGCUGGGGAUGAACAUACGAUGAUCAAGCACAAACGAUAUGACAUAUGCUUAGAAGCCACUGGGAACCACGCCCCCGUUGUUGGUGUAAAUUGUGUUGGAAAACCCUCUCAACAAUGGAUGUUCAAAAAUGUAGACGCACCAGCCGCAUAACAUAAUCAACCAUCCUGAAUAUUAUGAAUCAAAUACAUUGUUCUAGUUUAUUAAAAGUUGUCUAAUUUGCAAAUGUUUUGAAAUAAAAGAAUGCUGUUUUUACAAUGGUUGUAAAUUGUUUAAAUAUAACUUAACAAGUCAACUAGUGAGAUAUAUAAUAAAUUAGAUUCUAACAAA